UCACAUCCUCCCUCCCCCCCACUAGUGGGACAGAAUGGACUCGACCUACUCAAUCAUGCACUUCAGCAUACACUGCAAAGAGUAUGCUUUCACCUUUAGGAUUGUCUCUGCUUCUUGAAGUCACACUGCACUUCUGUCGUAGAUAAAGCAGUUUGCAGAGAGAGUGGACUCCACAUCUGAGUGUUUCUCUAGUGGAUCUUCACUCCUGCCACUGGAUCCAGUUUGCUUUGGGAGAACUGCACCGGGUUGUUUCUGUGUUUUUCACCUCACUGUUUCUUUAACCGCUUUCAACACCUCUUCCUGUCAUGGAAUUCACUGGAUUUGGAAAAUGUCCAAAGCCUUACAUUGUCUAGGGAAUACAUACGGAGAACACCCGUUCUGGUCCUGUGACGUGUGGAAAUGCACUAGAGCAAAGGUCGACAAAGCCAACACAAUGAGUACCAAAAGAGUUUUGGAUGAACAGAAUCUAUGACAAAACCUCUUUUGCUGACAAUGACAAUCAGAACCUAAAAAGGAAAAUGAUAUGUUGAGUUUCUACUUGAGCAGUGAGGUACCAAGUUUAUUGACUUCAUGAUUGAGGGCUGUGUUUGUAAUUUUACCUGACAAGGAGAUAAAGAUAUCCCUAGAUGUACCUCUCUAGAUAGCGGUGAUUUCCACUGUUAAUAAGCUUGUGAACCACCAGGUACACAAGGUAGUUCUAGACAUACCAUGAAUCCUAGAGACAGUGUAGAUGUCAUGGAGACCCAGGAAAAACUGACUGUCAAAAAAGCCAAUCCUGGAAAGGAGUUGGAGGGUGAGGAUGAGAAAAUUCCAGAGGCUUAUAACUGCAACAUCUGUGGACGCAGCUUCCCUUUCCUCAGCUCUUUCUCGCAGCAUAUGAGACGCCACACUGGUGCGCGCCCAUAUAAAUGCCCCUACUGUGACCACAGGGCAUCUCAAAAGGGCAACCUCAAAGUCCACAUCCGCAGCCACAAACUGGGCACACUGUCCAGCCAUCACUCUAAUGAAGAUGAAGAAGGUGGGGCAGAGGAGGAGGAGACAAAGGUUUCUGAGGGACUGGAUGGGGGCACCAGUCCGACCAAGAGCAGCUCUGCCUGUAACAAGAUGAUCAACGGGGAUGCUAGUGAAGAAAGUCGGAGAAAAAUGCCAGCCCGGAGCAUGAAAAGGGAAAAGUCUGUGACCAACCAAAGGCCGUACUGUUGCCGCUUAUGUGGGUAUGAGGCCCUGCGGGAAGACCAGCUACUAAGCCACAUUGAGAAAGUCCACAUAACAGCCGAUGCAGAAGACGACACGGUCAUUGUUAAGGAAGAGGUCAUGGCCGAACCCGAGACCAUCCAACCACCAAGCGACGGCACAUUCCCCUGUGAGACCUGUGGCCAAGUUUUCAGCCAGGCAUGGUUUUUAAAAUCGCACAUGAAAAAACAUGCCGGAAUCCUAGACCACUGUUGCCGAAUAUGUGGAAGAAGGUUCCGCGAAGCUUGGUUUCUUAAGUCUCAUAUGAAAACCCACAAUGCAAGGUCUAGGUCUCGCUCCAAAGCAGAUUCAGCAGAGCCUCCCACCACUAUAAACGACGUAGCCCAGGAUCCUGAAUUCGGGACACCCUCUGUUACAUCUGUUUAUCAGAUGUGCUCCAAAUGUGGAAACCUUUUUCACAGCAAAGAGAGCCUGAGAGCCCACGAUAAGGUUCACAGUCCUAAAUGUGGCAGAAAAUCCCCACUCCACUGCCAGUCUACUGAUGAUGAAGAUUCACCAGCUGCUAAGAGACGUUUCCUUGAUUACUUUAAUUUACAAUGCAUUCAUGUGAACAAGCUGGAUGAAGAGGACAGUGAGAAAAGGACUCUUGGUCAGAGGAUUCCAGAACUAGAUCCAAUUUGUAGCUACCAGGCUUGGCAGUUGGCUACUAAAGGAAGGGUCAUGGAGCCAGUGGAGCCAAGUUACAAAGCCUCAUAUGGAGGAGGAAGCAUGGAGGUCGAAGCCCUCACAGAGGCUUCAGUAGUUUACGAGAAGGAGAACAGCCGCUUUGUCCUGCAAAGCCAGGAAAAACGCAGCUCAGGGAGACGCAGCAGCUCAGGGUUGGGAAGCCACGCAUCUUCAGGAGACAGAACACCAGAGAGCCUCAGCGAUUCCGAGUACCGCCCCUCAAGUCGACAGGACAGAAGACGACCGUCCCAGUCGCAAGCUUCUUCUUCCAAGGGCAAGGAGUGCUUUGAGUGUGGCAAGAUGUUCCGCAGCCGGCAUCAGAUGAUGGUCCACCAACGGGUCCAUAGAAAGGAUGGAGGCAAGGCACCGCCAGGAGACAAGGAAAGACCUGCAAGAGAUGAUCAAUGGGGCCCCACCAGUGAUCCAGAGUCUGGCUCACCAAGCAGACCCAGCACCCCAGGUUACGGAGAUUCUCCUCCUUCAUCGGCGCUUGGAGACCAGGCUUCAGAGAUGGGAACUUCAAACUCUGCGGAGACUCCAGAUGAAAAACCAUACAUCUGCAGCCUCUGUGACUUUGUUACUCAAGACUCACAGGCCUAUGUCACUCAUGUUCGAGUCCAACACUCCAAAGACAGAUGCAGCCCUGUCCCCAGUCCAAACUCCAGCUUAGGCAGAGAGACCCUCUGUGAUUACCCGAAACAGAAGAAAGCGUUUAAUCCUGGGCUAAAAACCUCCUCUAAUGUUUACCUGUCUAAGCGCCCCUCUCUGUCGGAUCCCAACAUGAUUCCUAUGGAUUUAUGUGUGAGAGCCAACGGCAUCAGGGGCACGGUCUCUAUAACUUUAGAUAAGAAGAACCUCCUAAGCCAUAAGUGCUCCUUCUGCUCUCACUCCAGCCGAUACCCAGAGGUGCUCUGGAUGCAUCAGACCGUGGCUCACCGCAUCAAUAGCAGCAGCUCCAAUCUAGCUCCUAAAUGGGCUCUUAAAAACAGCUCCAAGAGCUCCAGGGACGUCUCUUUGUCCUCCAAGAGACGCACUGGACCACCUCCUGUCCUGGAAGGGAAAGAAUGCCAGCCGCUACCUUCGCUGGCACGCAGCCAACGCACGAGGCCCCCCACCUCCAGUGAGGUGGUAAAGAAGAGCCGACCAGUGAGUCAUGCAGCCACUCCACCGUCAUCAUCAUCUACACCUUGUACUCCAUCCUCGAGAGGAUCUUCAUCUGCAUCAGGCACCCAGGCUGGGAGACUUCCUGUACGGCCUGUCAGCAGUACCAGCCACAGCGCCAUCAAACCCACAGAGGACCAGAGUCACCGCUUCAGACCCAAGGUUGACAUCUAUCCUAGAGUCACCGCUCAGGCAUCCUCUGGCUCUUUGGAGAAGAACACCGGAAGUCGCUUUCGAACCCCUUCACACACCCUCAGCUCCUCUGCAGCUUCCAAGACAGCUGACCGCUACAUGAUGCCACAGGAGGGACUAGGCUUCAUGCUGACCAACAAACACGGCCUGGCAGAGUACAGCCGAGCUCGCAGUUCGCCAAAUCAACCGCUCCCCACUUCCCAAAGCCACAGUCGGCCAAACCCUUCAAGGCCUAGCUCCAUCAACCACUGUUUGCCCCAAACGCACAACUACGGCGUCUCCCAGACACAAGGAGCCGUUGCACAGACCUCCUCCUCCUCUUCCUCAAUUCCUUCAGAGAGCCGUAGGGAGGUAAAGCAGGAGCCAAGUGCAGAGAUGCCAGAGAUGCCAGCUGACGUCCUGGGCUUCCUCAAGAACUACAGCCCUCAUGAGCUGGCUGCUCUCUACCACCGCUGGGGUGCAGCCAACACUCUGAUGGACCCCACAGGGAUGCUGAGGUCUCUCAUGCGGCAGGGACAGUAUUUCUGCCAUGAAUGUGGGAAGAGCUUCAGUCAGCCGAGCCACCUGCGCACACACAUGAGGUCCCACACAGGGGAAAGGCCAUUCUGCUGCCAGCUCUGCCCAUACCGAGCCUCUCAGAAAGGGAACCUAAAGACGCACGUCCAGAGCGUCCACCACAUGCCUUUCGAUAACAGCCGGUAUCCCGACCCGACAAGUUUGUCCCUGAGCCAGGAGGAGCAGAAAGCAGAGGCUGCCAAACACAUACCAAAUCCACAAUGAUCUUACUGUGAUUAAUGGAACAGAAAAUCAGAGACUCUUGAACCCAAAAUCUGAACCAAGACUUUUUAUUGAGUCAUAAUUCUGGAAGAAUGGAGGUUCCUUAAGUUUUUCUUUAUAGCGCUCUUCUUCUUUUGCGGAGAGGCGUGCAAAAGUGUGGAUUACAGUGAAAGGAGGUGAA